AGAGACAUAUCUGUCUCCUCCGACUGUCUCCCUUUCACCAUACAACAAACACAUCCACCUCCCCCUCCUCCCCUCCUCCGACAAAAUGCCCAUCCCCAUCAUCACAACAGCAAUAACAGAAGGCACAAAUUCCAUCCCGCACCUAUGGAGCAUAUUAAAACUCCUCCCCUGGGCGGUCGUCCUCGCGGCCCUGAAAUAUUAUUUCGGGGGUGCUAGAAAUACCUCUGAGCGGUUGAUGCAUUCGAAAGUCGUUAUGAUUACUGGCGGCACAUCCGGCAUCGGCGCGCAAGUAACCUCCGCGCUCGCCUCGCGGGGAGCCCAAAUCAUCCUCCUAACACAACACCCAGCAACGGACAUCUUCCUCUCCGAAUACAUCGAGGACCUCCGCCGCAGCACCAACAACCAACUAAUCUACGCGGAGCAAGUCGAUCUCUCCUCCUUACACUCAAUCCGCACCUUCGCCACGAAAUGGAUCGAUAAUGUGCCGCCGCGACGCCUAGACAUGGUGAUUCUCUGCGGGAAUGCGGCGCCGCCCGUAUCCCAGAAACGGAAGCUCACUGUGGACGGCAUCGACGAGGAGUGGAUGGUGAAUUACCUGGCGAAUUUCCAUCUGUUGAGUAUACUUUCUCCGGCGUUGAGGGCGCAGCCGGCGCAUCGUGAUGUUAGGGUCGUGUUUACGACGUGCUCGAGUUAUAUCGGGGCGAAGUGGGAUCUACGGCAGUUACAACGGGAAAAGGCCAAGCCGAAGACUAAAAAGGCGGCUAAAGGGGUCAGUUUGUACGGACUCAGCAAGCUCUCUCUGAUGGUGUUUGCGCAAUCGUUCCAGAAACAUUUGAAUGCGUUCAAGAGGCCGGAUAACCAGCCGUGCAGUGCGCGGGUGAUUAUGGUGGAUCCCGGGUUUACUCGGACGCCUGGGAUGAGGAGGUGGAUGACGGGGGGAUCGUUGUGGGGACUGUUGGUGUAUCUGGUGACGUGGCCGGUGUGGUGGUUGGUGUUGAAGUCGCCGCAGCAGGGGGCGCAGAGCGUGUUGUAUGCGGCGAUGGAGGCGGAGUAUGGACGAGGGGAAGGGGGGUGGAUGAUUAAGGAGUGUAAGGAGGUGGAUUUGGCGAGGAAGGAGGUCAAGGAUGAGGAGGCCGGGAAGAUGUUGUGGGAGUUUAGUGAGAAGUUGAUUGAGGUCAAGGAGAGGGAGUCGGCGGUGCGGAGGGCGUUGGCGAAUAAGGAGAAGGAGGUGGCAGAGCAGAUGGAGAAGAAUAAGGCGUCUGGAUCUGGGACGAAGGAACAGACGCCGGGAUCGAGGAGGAGUCGGAAGGGGAAAUAG